AUGAAUUCCAAGGUAGCGAGCCAGUAUAGCUCUAUUUUAGUUCCUUCUGUUCAAGAGAUGGUGAAAGAUAAGAUGAUCACGACGGUUCCUGCGAGGUAUGUACGGUCAGACCAAGACAAAACUGUGAUCGCCGGGGAUGACACUGGUCUAAGAACCGAGAUCCCAGUAAUCGACAUGAAUCUUUUGUGUUCUUCAACCACCUCCAUGGAUUCUGAGAUUGACAAGCUCGACUUCGCUUGCAAAGAAUGGGGAUUUUUUCAGCUUGUGAACCAUGGAAUGGAGUCAAGCUUCUUGGACAAAAUCAAGUCGGAGAUUCAAGAUUUCUUCAAUCUUCCCAUGGAAGACAAGAAGAAGCUUUGGCAACAACCUGAUGAUAUCGAAGGAUUUUGA